AUGGAAAAGAACAUCUGCUAUCGGCAGCGAAGGAGAAAAGAAGUCGUCUACGACGAUUGCGUACUCGAGGAUUCCUUGUCCAACGGUGACUGGCACAUCGAGGAGGACCCAAACGUGAACUACGAGAUGCUUCUCAGAGGAUUACGAGCCUGUGCUGAGCGUGCAUUGAAGUCGCGCACGACAAACAUGGAUCGAAUUUCGAAGACCACCAAGGAAUUGUUGGAAAGAAGAAGGGCUUUGAGGCUUGAUCCGAAUGCAUCGCACGUUGAGUGGUUAGUAGCAAACACUAGCUGCAGAAAAGCGUUGCAGGAGGAUCUUUUGAAAUACAGGCAGAAGAAGAUUCUGGAAGCAGCACAAAGAAGAACGAGUCUUAAGAAGUGCCGCAGGGAUCUCCGCGAGUAUAAUAUUCCGUUAGCAGCCCUGCUGAGCGAAGACGGGACUCGCACUUCUUCUCGUCGUAAAAUGGAAAUCAUUACGGAGAGGUUCUACUCGAACCUUUUCCGUUCAUCAGCUCCUGUGUCAAGCUCGAUCAUCCCUACUGGUGAAGCUCCACCACGGAUUCUCCCUUCGGAAGUACGAGUCGUUAUCAAGAGCAUGAAACCUGGCACAGUCCCCGGACACGACUUUAUAUCAGCAGACUUUCUUCGGGCUGGAAGAAAGGAUCCGAUAUGCUUGCUGAGCGUGUUAUACAAAGUAUUCACCAAGAUCAUCCUCACGCGCAUAUCUAGGACGCUGGAAGCCCAGCCUCAAGAACAAGCUGAAUUCCGCCAAGGGUUCAGCUGCUUGGACCACAUCCAGACCGUGUCGAGGGUCAUAGAGGUUUGCCGGGAAUACCGCCUGCCCCUUGUUCUAACCUUCGUCGACUAUGAGAAAGCCUUAGACAGCGUAGAAACGAAUGCAAUACUGUCAGCGCUGGUCGAUCAAGGUGUGGUCGCGUCGUAUGUGAGGACAUUAGCCAAUUGCUACGAUCGUUGCACGACUAGGAUACAGCUUUUCCACCGCCCUCUCACCAUACCCAUUGGAAAGGGGGUACGACAAAGCGAUACUAUAUCGCCGAAACUGUUCGUGGCUGCAUUGCAAUGGAUAAUGAAAUUACUUCCUUGGGAAGAAAGGGGCAUACGUGUUGAUGGAAGAUUUCUCUCGAACCUUCGUUUCGACAUCGUUCUCUUUUCGAGCAGUACCAACGAAGCAGAAACGAUGCUCAACGAAUUGAACGAAGCAGGAACCCUUGAGAGAUGUCUUCUGAAGUUUAACCGGCGCACACAACACCUUGCCGGUCUUCGCAGCUCCGACUUAAGAGGAAUGUCCCGUCUUCGCGACCCAGCGGAAUAUCUACCGAAAACAAAACAUAAAUGGGCCGGUCAAAUCAUGAGAAGAAUCGACGAUAGAUGGACUAAAAAAACGCUAGAGUGGAUCCCAAGAGAUGCUAAACGCCCUCGAGGGAGACCCCCAACGAGAUGGGGUGACGUGUGCGCUACACGGAUGGACCAGCUGAGAGCUCAGCUGGAUACGGCUCAAGGACCACGUCAACAUCACUCACGAAACUUGAGAACAUCUUAG